AUGACAAGUACACAAGACGAUACAGGCAGCUUGAAGCAAUGCUUGCUGGACGACACGGUUCUCGAACAUGUCUUGCCAUUUCUCCACGCGCCGGAAUUGGCCUCCGUUGCCAGAACCAAUCGACACUUUUUUCAGUUGGUGAUGAAUCAUGAUACCUUGUGGGCAUCGACUUACGAGCAUUGGAAUCGAAAAUAUCGAUUGGCGCCGUUGCGAGUCUUGACCCAAGACGAUUUUUACGAUCCGGAUAAUUUUGUUCGAAUCGAAAUGCGGAUUCCUCUUCGUCCUCGUCGAUGGCGAACGAUUGGCGAAAGUGCUAAUGGAGAUGACGGUAUUGGUCAUGAUGAUUGUCACGAUGUCAAUUAUUAUCAAAGUACAGUAUUGUCACUACAAGCUCGUCAACCUCGUCGAUAUUGCCAUGACGAAAAUGAUGCCAAUAUCGACAAUACUGGCGGCGAUUGCUCCAAAUGCCUGCCAACCGCAUUGGAAUAUUCAAAUGAUGUCGAAACAAUUGAUAUGUACGAGGAUGACAAGGACGAUUGUCCCAUCUAUUUCAUGGACCAUGGGGUCUAUUGCCACUGGAGAGUGGACGAAUAUGGGAACUUACUAGAUUCUCCUUCCGGAAACUCCUCUCAGUGGUCAAGACGAGAAUAUCCAGUACUUUGUGAGGAUUGUGGGGUCAAACUACACACUACUGAAGACCUCGUAAAUCAUUGUACCAGUCCAUUACACAUCUACUGCAAGUGCCCCGUGCUCUUGGAUCCACGUCGGACUGCCGAUUUUGAAUAUUUGAGCCGGUACGAAAAAGCCAAAGCCAUUUGGCACUAUCCCAAACAAGCGGCAUCCUUCUAUCGUCAGUUGGGCCACCAGCCACCCAACCAGUAUCGAAUGCACCAGUAUUUUGGUUUACUGGAAGGGACAAUUGCUUUUGUCCUCCAACGCGAUUCCAUUGCCGACUCGUCCAAGCAUCUUUAUCCUGAAAGAACCGUCCAACGAGUCUCGGAUUAUUGCGUUGAAUGGAUUGUGCACAAAGCCCUCCAUUAUGAUUUCUUCAACCAUGCCAAACAAGUGGCGUAUGCUGGAUGGCAAGCUGUUGAUUUCUAUGAAAGUGGAUUGGGAUACGAUCUCUGCCUCUUUCUGACCGGCAUUCCAGACCAUCACUUUGAUUUCUUGCUCUACGAUUGA